AAUCCCCUCUCAAAUAUAUAUACUUAGCUCCGCCGAGGGACCGAAACCUCAACAAUUACAUCAUGACAAAUCCACCCCACAGUCCCAGCUGUAAUGAGCCCCUAACAUAAGAAAAGCCAAACUGAUUUCCAAUCACCCAAUCAACCGCCUCAAAUCACAUCAACAAGUGUAACCACACCCAAGCAAAGCUCCACCAUCCCAAGAACGAACCCCUCCAAAUCACCUAUAAGAAGCUUCCCAAUUGACCGAAGAAUCUCCUUCUUCCCCUCACUCAUGUUCAACCCCUCCAGACCUCUCCAGAGAUUCUCCCAUCUCCACCACCAUCUCAAACCAAAACACACGCCCAAAAUCCCAUCACCAGUACUCAAACGCACCAUGUCCAUCCCAUCCCGCCCAACAGGCCUCAUUGCCACCUCAGGAAUCGAACUCCUGACCUUCGGCACCCCCAAUGGGCACAAAAUCUCCAUCCUACUGGAAGAACUAAAGGCCCAGUACAACAAACCAUACACCGUGCAAAGCAUCAACAUCAUGGAGAACAUCCAAAAGGAGCCUUGGUUCACUGCUUUCUCGCCCAAUGGUCGAAUCCCUGCUAUUGUUGACCAUGAUAGGAAUGGAUUCAGUGUCUUUGAGGGAGCGGCGAUUUUGGCUUAUUUGACGAGACAUUAUGAUGGGGAUUAUGUUUUUCAUUUUAAGGAUGGGGAUGAGAAGAGUCGGGUUGAGCAGUGGGUUGCUUGGCAGCAUGGUGGUUUGGUAGGUUGUUUUUCUUCUCCUUUUGGACUAAGCUUGGGGGUUUCUUUCUGCUUUGCGGUUAGGAAACUAAUCAAUUCUGGACAUUACUCAAUUCAAGAAAUCGAACGUUAUUCUAAACAGUCGCGUAUAAUCAAUUUGGUUAUGCGAGCUUUUAGGAUAAUUGAGCUUCAUACUUUUGCCAAAUCAAGUCACAAGUCUCUUGGGCUAUGUCACUUGACACUUACUCCAAAAUUUCUAUCUUGAAGCAAUGAGUACCUUACCUCUCAACAUUUCGCUUAUUUCCCAGCUUGCCUUCUCUAUCCCCUUUCUCUUACAAAACCAGAGAGUCCUCAUCCACCCCCUCAUUCUACUCACACAUCCAAAUACAACGAUCAAAAGCUAACACAAACCCCAGGGCCCAAUGCAAGGCCAAGCAAACCACUUCCUCCGCUUCACCAAAGAAAAAAUUCAAUACCCAAUCCAACGCUACGUAGGAGAAACCGAGCGUCUCUACGGAAUCCUCAACACCCAACUCGCCUCACGAGACUACCUCGUCGGUCCAGGUCGAGGAAAAUAUUCCAUAGCCGGUAAAUCUUACUUAUCCCUAUCCCCCUUCUCCCACCUCUCCAAAUUAUACUCACACCCUCCCCACAGACAUCGCAUCCUUCUCCUGGGUAAACUUCUCCUACAUGUCCGGCAUCACACUCUCCACGCAAUUCCCACACGUCCACCGGUGGUGGAAAUCCAUCAACGACCGUCCAGCCGUACAAGCGGGGCUGGCCGUCCCUUCUCUAGGCAACUUCCACAACGCGCCCCAUGAGAAGCGGUUAGAGAGUGAGGAGGACUUCAAGGAGGCGGAGGCGAAGGUAAAGGAGGUGCUGGAAGAGGCGAAGAAGGCUUAUGGGUAUAAGUUUUCUAGUCCUUAGAUGGUGAUGGUUUGUUAGUCGAGAAUGAUCGAAAGAGGAUGACGGGAG